AUGUCAGCAAUCCAUCAUCAUCAUCAUCAAAUUCUUUCAAAUCUUCUUCGAGAUGGUGUAUCUCAUGCAAUGGUUAAGAUUCUCGAAGAACAACGUAUCAAUGAUGAAGAUUUACAAACAAUAGACCGUGAUGAUAUUGAACAUUUAUUUAAAAAUGAAAAUGGUUUUACAUUUCGUGAUCGUAAACGAUUUUGGACUUCUGUACAAAACAAUCAAAAAGAUAUUUAUGAAGUAAAUAAUAUGGAAUCUUCAAAUUAUCAUGUACGAGAACAAUAUAUUCCAUUGCCAUCAUCAUCAAAUAUUCCUUCAUCGGUAAGGAUGUAUAAUCAUUCCAAUACUGAUAUUCAAAGUCCUACGUUUGGAGAAAAUAGCCCUUCGAAUAGUAAUGAUAGUCUCAAAAAAAUAGCAGUAUCAUUGCCUAUUUAUGAUGGAUUUAUUGAAGAUCCUCAAGCAAAAACAUCAGCAAAUUUCGCAUUUCAAUAUCCAGUUGAAUUACCAAGGUUUACACAAAAAGUUCUGACAGCUUUUGAAACAAAUAAUAUUGAAAGUGAAUGGAAAACAUUAACAAAUGAACUUGUUCAAUGGAUAUUAAGUAAAAAAUCGACUCCUCUAGUCAGACGUGAAUGCCAAGUUAUAGGAGAGACUUUAUAUAAAACAUAUCCGUCUAUUGGAAAAAAUGGUUAUCGACCAUGGUCACGCAUAUGUAGAAGCAUUACACGAGGCCUUCGUAAAGAAAGAACUCGAAAAGAUUCAUUACAUAUAUAA